AUGACACCCCAAUCAGUGACUGAAAAUCUGUAUGAAACAUCUGGCAUGUAUUACUGUUACUAUCCUUUUGACAUUUGUAUCGAGACAAAUGUUAUCCAGUUUGGGAAAGCCAUCACCCCAGUCAUUUUCCUCAUCGUCGUUCCGUUCAGCUGUGUGGGAAACACAUUGGUUUUGUGGGUCCUUGUGAAGUAUGAAAAUCUGAAAUCCCUCACCAACACGCUUCUGUUAAAUCUGGCUCUCUCUGAUCUCAUUUUCACCUUUGGCCUGCCCUUCUGGGCCCACUACUACAUGUAUGGCUGGACUCUUGGAGAUCCUGCUUGCAAAGCAGUUAACUUUGUGUUCUACACGGGAUAUUACAGCAGCAGCAUCUUCCUGACGGUUCUGACUGUCCACUGCUACAUGGCCGUGGUUCAUCCCUUGUCGGUGGUCAUGUCUAGAAAUGGCCUGCACUGCUACACCACAUCAGUUGUCAUCUGGAUCAUCAGUCUCUGUGCUGCCAUCCCACAAGCCAGGUCCAACAUGGUUGUAAAUGACCACCUUGGUGAAUUAAUGCUCUGUGAUUUUGCUGGUGAAAUUAAUUGGAUAUUGGCAAGUACAUACUUGCAAAAUUCUUUUUUCGUUAUCGCUUUUGUGAUCAUUGCUUUUUGCUAUGCUGUGAUCUUGGGACGGCUACUUCGACCAACAUCUCACACUCGUAGAAAGACAGUGCAGCUCAUCCUCUUCAUAGUGGUAUUUUUUUUCUUGGGAUGGGGGCCAUACAACAUGGCCAUAUUUCUGGACUCUCUGAUUUCAUGGAAUAUCUCUCCUUUUAGUGAUUGUGAGCUGAGUAAAUCUAUUUACUAUUGGAAGCACAUCUCUCAGAUGGUGGCUUUCUCCCACUGCUGCCUGAAUCCUGUGUUUUAUGUUUUUAUGGGGACAAAAUUCAGAAACCGCUUGAAGAAAAUCUUACCUAUUUUCUGUAAGAACAACACAGAGGUUCAGAAUCGAUACAGCAUGCUUGAUUUCUCCAACGGUGAAGAAAUAUCUAUGUUUUAG